AUGACGCCGCCGCCAGCCAAGCGUCAGAAACCAGAGAUUGAAUUCAGCGAUGGCUUAGAUUUUAUCACCAAGUUUAGCACAGCGUAUAGGACAUCCUCAUACGAGGGUCACUCUAUCAAGGAUCUCUUGACUGCUUUCAGGAAUGCUAUCAGCGUACCACAGGAUCUUCCACUAUCAGAUAAACGCUACAGACUUGUGUUAGAUUAUCUCAAGCGUUCUUCUAACGCUUCUGAAUUGUUCAGAGCAUGGGAACUUUGUCAUCAGGAUAAAAAUCUCGCUUCUACUCUGCCAUUGCCAAUAUCUGCAAUAGCUGCUUUACUCAACGUUGCAGCAUCUCACACUCACUUGCAUCCAUCAGCACUUGCUAUCUUGAAUGAAGCUAUUAAAUCACAGCAUUUCCUUAGAGAUUACAUGUCAGAGACCAAGAAUGAUCUCAUAUUGGCCGCAUUAAAGCUCACGCUCGCUAUGGCUGAAGCUGCCGGUAGAAUUGGUGUACAACGUGAAAUGCGCACCAUUUGGGAGAACUUUGGUUGGAAUUAUAAGUUUGUACCAAAAUUGUUAAAUAUGCGCAGAAAGAAGUCAAGCGAAGCUGAUAACGAUCCGAUUGGGAAAGCAGACAUUCGCACACUCUAUUUGCUUCUCAACUUGGUUUUUAUCUCACCAUCACUCUCAAACCCUUACCUUAUCAAUGCUCAUCUCUCGCAAAAAGAGACCAACCAGCAACUCUUCCGAGGCCUUCUACAUGAUCACUACCUAGUUAUUCAGAAAUUUCUGCAAGUUUGGCAUGAUGUCUGGUCAGAUGGUCGCGUAUCAAGAUCCACCAAGCUGUUUGUUUGGAAUGAGCAGACUAUUGACCACUUAUUGAAACUUUACAACAGAGUCGAUGAUGAAAGUAGUGAUGAUCAUGAGUUUAUACCAGCCAAACUCGUUCAUGCGUAUUUAAAAUCAUUGUGCACAAAGCCUGGUUUUGCAUUGUGUUUCAAAGACGAUGGCUAUUAUCCUAGAAGCAAACAGCAACCUAGUGAUAAUGUCAUGACUGAAAGACUCUACAAUCGUCAAUUGUUGGGUGUUCUGAAGAACCUUCGCAUUGGUGAUAGUGAACUUCAUGCAGACUUGGCUUUGUCAAUUCUAUCAGCAUGCCCAGAACUAUCAUCCCACUAUUGGAAGCAAUCUAGUCUUACUCUUGAACCCCGCUUAUCAUCAAGAUGGAUCUCAAACAUCUCAUACUUGGCAUGUGCAGUUUCUUUGCCAGUACCAUCAGAUACGUUCAAGCAUAAUGAUUCAUUCAAGUCAUCACCACCACCACUCAACAACAUGAUUGAAUCUAUCUUACCAACUAUCAUACAGAAAGCGAACUUCACGAAAGCUUUCUACGCCUCACCUCCAAUUGAAUUGGUACAACACUGCAUUGCGUUGGCACUUUCUAAAGCACUCGAUAAGCUAGACAGGGUACAAAAAUUAAUGUUGGAAGCCGCGAUUUCAUUGGAAGAAAAUGAAAACGAUGGUCAGUGGUACAAGCGUCGUAGAGAGCUACUCCGCGAAGCAAUGAAGAGACUUCCGGAAGGAAAAGCAAUCGCUCAUUUUGCAGCAUCUCAGGAAUCAUCAAAAAAUAAGAUGCUAUCCGAGAAUUCAUUACGUUUGUUAUAUCAAUAUCAAUCAAUCAUUCCACCUGCUUUCCAAGAAGCCCAAAUUGACAUUUCAAAACUGUUAUUCUCAGGUGGUCUUGCUAACCCUGAUCUCAGUUCUUUUGAUGCCCUUAGCCAAUUGCAUGCUCUCAGAUUGCUCAAAGGUAGUGAUGUCUACAACGUUGCUUCGAAAGUAGGUUCCGAAAGUGCGUUCAAAGCUAUCAUGAAAUUACAUAUCAACACCAAGCAUGCUUUCAUUAGGGAUGUAACAAGUGAAAUUGUUUCUAAUUUCCUCUCUAAUAGUGUCUUAUUCGAACAUGAUAAGACUGAAACUCAGCUCUGGUUGUCGAAUUUGACUCUCGAUAGUCUUGAUUUUAUUGAUGGUUGUAUUCUUCGUUGUGUCAAGACACCUUACAGAUACUUGGAGCAGAUAAGAAGUAUGUUAGAUAGCAAUGUAGAUAUUGACAUACCUGCAUUGGUACCAUCACCACUCGUGUUCACUCUACUUGAACAACUAAAUUAUCAAGUAUCAAAGAAGCUACUUAGUGAUGACAACGCUUCUGAAUUAGCAGCAUAUGUUCGUAAUUUGAUCAUUGGACUCGCUGGUAAACAACCUUCAAUUAAGGGUAUCAUCAAAAAUCUUUUCGAAUGGCUUCAACGUAUUUGUGAUAACCACGACGGCGUCAAUACUCGUAAUCAAUCUAGUCUGAUUAAGCAUCAAAUCAAGGGUCUUACUAAGUCUCUCAAGAAGGUUGCUGGAUUGAAUGGUCUCGAAAGAUCCGACUUACCUACACGCAUCUAUUCAUUGGAUCCUGUCAGUCAAAACGUUUUUGCAUCUCUUCAGUUUGAUGGAUCAGAGAGUGUGACAAACAGAUUUGAUCUUCUUGUGCCUCAUAUUACACAAGAAUCACUUGAAAAUCCAGUUUCUAGAGAUUAUAUCAAGGAGAGCGCAUUAUCGUACUACUCUCACGCUCGUUCAGCGCAAUUCUUAAUCCAUAGACUAGGUGACGAGUCUGGCAAAGCUGCAUUCGUAGGCUUGCUAGUCGAACUUAUUAAGUUUGCUAGAAAGGAUGAAAAGAGGGCUGUCAUUGAGACUACUUUACAAUCAGAGGAGCUGCUCACUAUUUUCAAUGGAAAGGAUAUUGAUGCUAAUUUGUCAAGAUCUUUGAGGAAUUUCACAAGCGAGCUUAGAAAGCUUGAAUACGUAUCUAGCGACUAUUCCUCUCAAUUAUCUAAUUUUGUAGUGCAAGCUGUUACUCAAUUCGCAGGAAAAGAUUGGAAGUCUUACGAGAACGUCAUGCUUUCUUGGAUACCUUUCUUCAAUUACAAGCAGCUUGAGGAGGCGCUGGUCAUAUCAUCGAGUAACAUCCCUGAAAGCUCAGCGACAUUAACUCAAGUUUUGAAAAUACUCAGUGAAGGACAGCACUCAGAAUCAGUAGCAACUAUUUGCGAGAAUUCAAAAUUACUUCCAGCUCUCAUUGAUGUUGUAUUCAGAACUACCGAUGAGGAAGUGCUAGACCAGCUCUAUGUAUUCUUCGAACGUUUGCUACCAUUGAGGAGCUUCAAAAAGGGUAAUGCAAAGGUUGCUGAUGUCCAAUUCAAGAGUGUCUUGAAGCCAAUUGAGAUAGAUGUCAAGAAAAUUUCGUUACCUCAAUCACCAAAGCAGGAUGCAAUCAUUGCCUUGUUGAUCACAAGGUUCCCACAAUACAGACGUGCAUUCUACAAGUCAGCCAAAAAGGUUGACGCUGGUGAUAUCCCUAUAUUAUCUGCUACUACAUACGCUAACAUCAUCGCUCUUGGUGUCCGCUUGGAUGGCUCGAUCAAAGAUGACGAGAUUGACUUAGCAAAGAAAGUGGCUGGAAAUGCUAUUCAACAUGCCAUCAAUGGCGUAGAAGAAAUCUCGAUCGAACAUACUUUAGCUUUGUUGCAAUCAUCCGAAUAUGUUUCAGCGUUAUUAUCCCAUUUAAAUUGGGUGCCAGGAUCUAGUGCACAAUCUUGCAAGGUCCUCAGUCAAAUUGCUAAGUGGGCAUGUAAAUAUGAUGAUGCAAAGGACUUUAUCAGAUCUGCUUUCCUUGAAAAUGUUGGGAAGCUUCUAAGAGUUGUCGACAAGCAAGAAGAGGAGGUCAGCGAAGUUGCUCUAGAGCGUCUUACAGAGGUAGCUUAUAAGAUUAGCUUAACUGCAGAUGACCUCGAAUCAUUCCUCAUUACAACGUCACAACGUGGACUGGGCCAAGCUCAUGUUAUGAAAUUCGCAACCACAUUGCUUAAAUUAGUAGAUAUCCCACCACAUCUCUGCCUAUCCUUACUUCAACAAGUUUAUGGUUCCGAUUUGUUCAAGGAUGCGUCAGAAAAAUUGGACGUUACAAAGCAAAGAUUAGUCGAAUACAUUCAUACACUAUUCUUCAAGGCUCCUGUUGCACUUUGCCAACUCGCACAAAUUAACCCUUUGGUUAAUAUUUAUAAUGCAACUUUGCAUAGAUCGGAUACUCUCAUAUUGGAUAUUUUCAAUCUCUUUGAGCGCGUUUGCAGACAGUCACUUAUCGCAAUCACGCGUGUAUGGGUACCACCUUCGACCAUUUCAGCGGCAAAUUCGGGCAAUCGUACAAUAGAUGCAAUUGUUGCUUUGGAUUCUAACAAGAUAUUCAAUACUUGCUUGAAUUUUCCAAAUAGAUUGUCAUUCUCUGACGUUAUAUCUAACGUUGAUGACGUUGAACAUAAAGAGGAUCUCUACGAUCCAAGGUUUUUAAUGGCAUUGCUUUCAAGUGUCUUCAGGGAUGAAACUCUGACCGAUUUUGAAUACCUCGAAUUAGUGAGAUGUUCUAUUAUCAACAUCCCAAUAGUCGGUUUGUCAUCACGCAGACCUGACAUAAGGAAGGUGUCCUUGCAUUUAAUGGGUCAUGUCAGUGCUUGGUUAAAUAAACAUAACUUCACUGAAAAGCAAGAAUUAGAAUAUCUGUUGCAAAACUUCCGCAAUACUAUCCCACCACAUGAAAUGCACGAGGAAGUACCUAGAUCAUCGACAUUAAUAACGGUUUUGGUCGCUCAUGCUACGAGAGCUAUAGUCAAUCCAACAACUCAUGCUUACCCACUCAUAAUGAGGUUCCUUCUUCAACGUCCGUAUAUGGAUGUGAAGAACGUACCACUCUUCUUUGAUCUCUUGUUGAGCUAUAAUGAAGAUAGGAAAUGGGAACGUGGUUGGAUAUUGCGUUUUGUUCGUGAUGCCGUUAAAUCAUCGGAUGACUGGCGUAUGAUGAAACGCAGACAUAACUGGGACGUAUUGGCAACUCUAUAUGAAUCAUCCAAUGACGAUUCUUCAAUAAGAACCUUAAUUGAAGAAAUAGCUCUCACUUUAACAACUAAUCCAAGUACUGCAACGAAUUUAGUCUGCUCAAAGCCAAUAUUAAUGUGGAUUAAUCAACAAUUUGCAAUUACAAAACUUGGCAAUAAAUCAUUACAGAAUUUCCUCAAUGUUGCUUUACAAAUACUUAAGAAUGGUGAUAUUAACGCAAUCGACCAUGCUACUAGAGGUGUUUGGAGGUCUGAAGUGUUAUCUAUUGCCAAUUUAUCAACUAAAUAUGCCAAUAUAACAUGUUUGAAAUUAUCAUCAGAAAUUAUUUGGAGAUUAUCACGAUUGGAUAAACUAGACAGAUACCCUGAUACAAUUACACCAGUUUCUUUCAAUGUUGUUUUGCAAAAUCUCAUCACUUCAGUGUCAAAUGCUGACUACGAAGCUGAUGAAAUGUACAAGGAAACUUUAAAGUAUCUUGGACUUGUCUAUUCAAGUGUUCCAGCGACAUCUGACAAUAUUAAAAACGGUUGGAUACAACUUACGAGCAGAUUGCUAGCAACAGGUGACGAAGAGUAUUACAACAUGGUAUUGGGACAAUUACAUGGGUUUUUGUAGUUAAAUUUUAAUAAUUUAUUCUCUAUUGUUUAUAGCGUUUGACCAACUGGUGAUAUUU